AUGAGCGCCCGAAAUGUCAAGACGUCUAGCUCAGACUCACCAAGGGAAGAGGGGGACGAUUUCAAGACCCCUUACGCCAUCGAAGCCCCCGAGACUCAAAUAGACACGAGUCUCGAACCCGCCUAUGUCGUUGAUCACCACGCUGAGCGAGCACUAUGUCGGAGGUUCGAUCUUCGCCUUCUUCCAGUCUUGGCUUUGAUGUACCUGUUCAAUGCUCUUGAUAAAGGAAAUCUUGGAAAUGCAAAGACCGCCAAAUUCGACAAGGACUUGGGGUUCAAAAGUAACCAGUAUAACAUCAUACUGAGUGUAUUUUACGUUCCAUACGUCUUGUUCGCUCCCCCAAUUGCAAUGCUCGGGAAGAAAUAUGGUCCAGCGAGAGUCCUGCCGAUUUUGAUGUUCUGCUUUGGCUCUAUGACCAUGCUUUCCGUCACUGCCCACAACUUUGGUGGAAUGAUGGCUUUGAGAUGGUUCCUAGGCACGGCUGAAUCUGCUUUCUUCCCCCUUGUUAUCUACUACCUCACAACAUUUUACCGAAGAGGGGAGCUGGCUCGUCGUCUAGCUAUUUUCUAUGCGGCGAGCAACAUCGCCAAUGCCUUCUCUGGCCUCCUCGCCUUUGGUGUAUUUCACAUCCAUAACCCGCACAUUUACAGCUGGCGUAUCCUCUUCCUUAUCGAAGGAUCGCUAACGGUCCUCUUUGCUGUCCUCGCAUUCUUCUAUCUCCCGAAGAACGCUGCAGAUGCCCGUUUCCUCAAUGAAGACGAGAAGAAACUCGCCUACCACCGUAUUCAGGCCGACUCUUCCUCUGUUGUGAACGAGCAGUUUGACCUCCGAGAUUCCCUUAAAAUCUUCCGCCAGCCCACAACAUACGCUUUCCUAGCCAUUGAGAUGUGUCUAGGUGUCCCACUCCAAUCUGUGAACCUCUUCCUCCCCCAAAUUAUAGCACGGCUUAAGUAUUCGACUGUGAAGACAAAUCUUUACACCGUGGCACCGAAUAUUACAGGAGCAGUUAUGCUUUUGAUCUUGGCUUUUACAUCUGAUUUUACGCGGAGACGAGGCCCCUUUAUUGUCUUGGGAUUCACAUUCACGUUUGUUGGGAUGAUCAUCUACUCCGCAAUCGACGUCGAGGAUAGUCUUCACGUGGCAUACUUUGCAACGUUUUUGAUGUGCUGGGGGACUUCCGCUCCUUCGGUGCUUUUGUCUACUUGGUACAAUAAUAAUAUUCCACACGAAGGCCGGCGCAUUACCAUGACUUCCGUCGGUGUUCCCCUUGCCAACGUCAUGGGUCUUGUCUCAAGCAAUAUAUUCUUCCCCAGCUCAGCACCAAAAUAUAUACCUGCCCUUGCCACAACCGCUGCUUUUGGCGCUACAGGAGCUGUGAUUGCUGGGCUUCUAAGCUUGUUCAUGAUAGUUGAUAACAAGCGGAGAGACAAAAAGUUGGGCAGGAAGCUUGAUAUCAAGGAGGUCCCAACUGAGAUGUUGAAGGAUGGACCAGAUGUACCUGAGUUUAGGUGGUUUCUGUGA